CGUAGUCACUGGCCUGCCCCGGCUCAAUGUCCCGCGCACCCAGCGAGCAGUGACAGCUCAGGAGGGUGUGUGCAUUCUGCAGGAGCCAGCAUGGACCAGUCUGUGGCGAUCCAGGAGACCCUGGCUGAGAGGGAAUAUUGCAUCAUCGCGGUGCAAGGUGUGCUGUGUGAGGGAGUCAGCCAGCAGAGCCGCCUCCUGGGGCUUGUGCGCUACAGCCUGGAGCAUGGUGGUCAAGAACAUGCCCUCUUCCUGUAUACCCACCGGAGGAUGGCCAUUACUGGGGAUGAUGUCUCUCUGGACCAGAUAGUGCCAAUCUCACGGGAUUUUACGCUGGAAGAAGUGUCCCCAGAUGGUGAACUCUACAUCCUUGGCUCAGAUGUCACUGUCCAGCUGGACACAGCAGAGCUCAGCCUUGUAUUCCAGCUACCCUUUGGUUCACACACUAGGAUGUUCCUCCAGGAAGUCGCCAGGGCCUGUCCAGGCUUUGAUCCUGCGACGAGGGAUCCUGAGUUCCUGUGGCUGUCUCCAUACAGGUGCACAGAACCGCAGCCGGAGUCUGCAACGCCCAGCGGUUGGAACUCUGCCCCAGGUAUUUGGCCAGGGUGCGCGACAAUUGGCGGAGGCAGGUACCCGUCUCGGAAGGGGCGGUGGGGAUUGGAGAAAGGCCAGCCACAGGGGGCGGGCUCUAUUCUGUUUGGGGGUGGGGCGAUGAAGCAGACGGGCUUUCGAUUGGCGGAGGUGGCACCCAGGGGCGGGUCUGUCUGGGGGCGGAGAGCGCGGGGAAGCCGGCGGGAUGAAGAGCUUGAGGAAGCAGGUAGAGAAAUGUCUGCCGCCGGCCCUCGGGAGCGCGACUUUGCAGGCGGUUCUAACUUUGGCAGUUCAAGGCCAAAUGGGAAAGGUCUACCUGUGGACCAAAGCUCCAGGAAUCAGGAUAAACCAGAAAACUUGCUCUCAAGACAGUCUAAAUCCAAGUCUGAAAUUACUGACAUGGUUCGCUCCUCCACGAUCACAGUAUCAGACAAGGCUCAUAUUUUAUCAAUGCAGAAGUUUGGACUGCGAGACACAAUUGUGAAAUCACAUCUAGUACAGAAAGAAGAGGAUUAUACCUAUAUCCAGAACUUCAGGUUUUUUGUGGGAACAUACAAUGUGAACGGACAGUCCCCCAAAGAAUGCCUCCGGCCCUGGCUGAGCUGCGAUAUCCAGGCCCCAGAUGUGUAUUGUGUUGGGUUCCAGGAGCUUGAUCUGAGUAAGGAAGCCUUUUUCUUUCAUGAUACGCCAAGGGAGGAAGAGUGGUUUAAAGCUGUAUCAGAGGGUCUUCAUUCUGAUGCCAAAUACGCAAAGGUGAAGCUCAUCCGCCUGGUUGGGAUUAUGCUGCUGUUAUACGUCAAACAGGAGCAUGCAGCGUAUAUCUCAGAAGUGGAAGCUGAGACUGUAGGCACAGGAAUCAUGGGGAGAAUGGGUAACAAAGGAGGUGUGGCAAUCAGGUUCCAGUUCCACAACACCAGCAUCUGCAUCGUGAAUUCUCACUUGGCAGCCCAUACAGAAGAGUAUGAGAGGAGGAACCAGGACUACAAAGACAUCUGUUCGCGAAUGCAGUUUUGUCAGGUGGACCCAAGCCUUCCCCCUCUCACCAUCAGCAGGCACGAUGUGAUCUUAUGGCUGGGGGACCUCAACUACAGGAUAGAAGAGCUGGAUGUGGAAAAAGUGAAAAAGCUCAUCGAAGAGAAGGCCUUUGAAACCCUGUAUGCGUAUGAUCAGCUGAAAAUUCAGGUGGCUGCGAAGACUAUUUUUGAAGGCUUCACAGAGGGUGAGCUCACAUUCCAACCUACCUAUAAGUAUGAUACCGGCUCUGACAACUGGGAUACCAGUGAGAAGUGUCGUGCUCCUGCCUGGUGUGACCGGAUCCUCUGGAAAGGGAAAAACAUCACUCAGCUGAGUUACCAGAGCCACAUGGCCCUGAAGACCAGUGACCACAAGCCUGUCAGCUCAGUGUUUGACAUUGGGGUGAAGGUCAUAAAUGAAGAGCUUUACCGGAAGACUCUGGAGGAAAUAGUUCGCUCUCUGGAUAAGAUGGAAAAUGCCAACAUUCCUUCUGUUUCGCUCUCCAAGCGAGAGUUCUGUUUUCAGAAUGUGAAGUACAUGCAAUUACAAGUAGAAUCCUUUAAAAUUCAUAAUGGACAAGUACCCUGUCAGUUUGAAUUCAUCAACAAACCCGAUGAAGAGUCUUACUGUAAGCAGUGGCUGAAUGCCAACCCCAGCAGAGGGUUCCUCCUGCCAGAUUCUGACAUUGAGAUUGAAUUGGAGCUCUUUGUAAAUAAGACCACAGCUACAAAGCUCAACUCGGGUGAAGACAAAAUUGAGGACAUUCUGGUUUUGCACUUGGACAGGGGAAAGGAUUACUUUUUGUCUGUGUCUGGGAACUACCUGCCCAGCUGUUUUGGAUCUCCCAUUCAUACACUGUGCUACAUGAGGGAGCCAAUCUUGGACCUACCACCUGAAGUUAUUAGUGAGCUGACCCUGAUGCCAAUACAGACUGAAGAUGAUGGGAGCCGCUUGGAGAGCCCCAUGGAAAUCCCCAAAGAGCUCUGGAUGAUGGUUGAUUACUUAUACCGCAAUGCUGUCCAGCAAGAAGAUCUGUUUCAGCAGCCAGGCCUGAGGGUGGAAUUUGAACAAAUCAGGGACUGUUUGGAUACUGGCAUGAUUGAUAACCUCUCCGCUAGCAAUCAUUCUGUAGCCGAAGCCUUGCUGCUUUUCUUGGAGAGCCUGCCAGAGCCUGUCAUCUGUUACAGUGCCUACUAUAACUGCCUGGAGUGUUCUGGCAACUACACAGCAAGCAAACAGGUCAUUUCUACUCUCCCCACAUUCCACAAAAAUGUCUUCAAUUACUUGAUCGCGUUUUUGCAAGAGCUGCUGAAAAAUUCAGCAAAAAAUCAUUUGGAUGAGAAUAUUCUAGCUAGCAUAUUUGGCAGCUUACUGCUUCGAAACCCAGCUGGUAACCAAAAGCAUGAAAUGACAGAGAAGAAGAAGGCUCAAGAAUUUAUUCACCAAUUCCUCUUCAACUCACUUUGAGCUUCUUUAUCUUCACCUGUGUUUUACUCAAGGCAGCCAAUUACCAGCUCUACCUGUUCCAGCUGAAGAGACACCUUAAGAUUAUGUGAGGCCACUUGGAAAGAAGAUUGGCAGCUGUCUGUUUCCUGAGCCUAGCACACUCAGUGCUACCGUGAGUUAGAAGACAUGGGGAAAAUCCACCACAAUGAAACUGACAUUUGAUGUUUAACUUUA